AUGGAGUACCAGUCCCUGCUGAGAGGGUCUAGCACACAGAGCAAGUUCCCCAGCUGCACCUUGUUUCUGGCUGUUUGUGCUGUUGGAAUUGGAGGGACCUUUCAGUAUGGAUAUAAUGUUUCCAUUAUCAAUGCACCCACCCAGCAUAUACACAAGUUCUUAAAUGAAACCUGGACAAGUCGUUAUCACAAGGAACUAAAUCCAGAUUUGCUGACUUUUCUUUGGUCUGUCAUUGCUUCUAUAUUUUCACUUGGAGGACUGUGUGGAGCCCUUAUUGGAGGCAGCAUGGCGAUCCAGCUAGGCAGGAAAGGAGCUCUUUUGAUGAAUAAUAUUAUAGCAAUACUGGCCUCCAUUUUAAUGGGGAUCAGUUUUCCUACAGGAUUGUUUGAGUUACUGAUUGCUGGAAGGUUUUUGAUUGGCAUAAAUUCAGGUGUUGGGAUCUGUGUGCAGCCUCUGUAUAUUGGGGAGGUUGCCCCAAAACAUCUUAGAGGGUGCAUGACCAUGGGGAGUUCCAUCUUUCUGACUGGAGGGAUUCUGACAGGACAAAUAAUUGGUUUGAGGGAAUUAUUAGGUGGAGAAACUUAUUUGCCUUGGUUGCUAUCCAGCAGCUGUUUCCCAGCAUUUGCCCAACUUUUAUUCCUGCCAUGGUUUCCUGAAAGUCCCAGAUACCUUCUUAUUGACAGAGGUGAUGAGCUGAGCUGUGCUAAAGCUUUGAAGCGAUUUCAUGGUUCUUCAGAGUAUCGAAGGGAGAUGGAAGACAUACAGCGGGAAUGUUUUGCCUUAGAUGGGGAGAAACCCAAGAAGCCCUGGCAAUUAUUCACUGAUCGUAGUGUGAGAUGGCAGCUCAUUACUGUGAUUGUGAUGACUAUGGGCCAACAGCUCAGUGGGAUAAAUGCUAUUUAUUUCUAUGCAACUUACAUUUUUGAACAAGCUGGGAUCUCAGCAGAAAAAAUCCCAUAUGUGACACUCGGUACUGGAGCUUGUGAAUGCCUCACAGCCCUCACCUGUGGUUUACUGAUAGACUACGUGGGAAGAAGAUAUCUCAUCAUUGGGGGUUAUCUCCUUAUGACCCUUUGGAGCAUUGUUUUAACGUUCUCUCUGACUUACCAGGAACUGUACUCAUGGGUGCCUUAUGUGAGCAUGACAUCUAUAUUUGCCUUCAUCUUGAGCUUUGGGUUGGGACCAGGUGGCGUAACAAAUACCCUGACAGCUGAAUUAUUUAUACAGUCUUCACGUCCUGCUGCUUACAUGAUAGGAGGGACUAUUAGUUGGAUUAGUUUCUUCACAAUUGGAAUGCUCUUUCCUUUUAUAGUGAAUGGACUGAAGCAGUAUUGUUUUCUGGUGUUCUUACUGGAGUGCUCCUUAGUUGCUGCAUUCAUCUUCAUCGUUAUUCCCGAGACAAAAAACAAAUCUUUUCUGGAAAUCAAAAAGGAGUUUAACAAGCUUAAUUUUGGAAGAAAUACCAAAAAAAAGGAAACAGAGCUUUAUGAAAGACGACAACUCCAUGAUGAAUUUUAA